GUCCUGUCUGUAGUGGAUUGGCCCUUUGCUGCCCCAUCUGCCUCCAGCUUGCCCUGCAAAUCCAAUUAUGUUCUUAUUGUAAGUCCCCCCCCAGCUAAAAAUAGUAGAAAAUGCCAGAAAAUGCAUAGGAGCAGGGCCUGAGGUGUGAGCGCGGAGGAAGGGAUGUAACAGAGCUGAUUGGGUCCUUGGUGGGCGGCAUGAUUGAUCAGCCACAGAGGUGACGGCGCCUGAUGAGCUGUCAGGAUGGACAGCGGUGAGGUAACGGGGAGGGAGCGGUGGGAGGAACGGCAGCGGGGGACGCGUAAGAGGAGGAAGGAUUAGAGUUCAGUGUGCCGGAUGUUUGAGGGAACUUAAGAAGCAUCUCCUCGGAGAGCGGACGACACAAGCAGGAUGGGCACAUUUGUGACCCUGGCAGAGGUGUUGGAGGCUCGGGGCUCACCGCUCGAGGAGGAUGAAGUCUGGUGUCUGCUGCUCGCCACCACAGAAGCCUUACUGGACAUCCCCAAAAAAGGUCCAGGCAACAUAUGCAGCGUGCUGAGCCCCGGCUCAGUGCUGCUGUCAGCAAACGGGAGUCUGGCCUUCAAGAGCUGUGCUCGAUACGAAGACGUGGCGUCCUUCACAGCUCCCGAGCUCCAGCAGAGUCACUCUGCACCCAGCAGAGCUGCAGCUGAAAAGAUGGUUGUGUACUCACUGGGGAUGACUCUAUAUUGGUGCGUUGACUAUCAUCUACCUCAAAACCAGCCGGUUCAGAUGAGUCCUGAACUGGAGAGCUUGCUACUGAGCAUGUGCGAGGAUGUGGCGGUGAGGAGGGCGGAUCUGCUGACGCUUUUGGAGACGUGUGAGCUUCACCACAAGACCUCCAUGCUGCCUCCAGCCGAACGCCUCAUCAAACAGCUGGUUGACGACGUCUGCAGAAACUCGGUUGAUCUUGUUUCCAUGGCUGAGAAUGGAUCUCCGCUGACUGACCGCAGCCAAGUGGUCAGGGACAGACUACACAGAAGUUCUUUUAGCAACUCAACAUGGUCACUGAAGCAGAAAAUUCCCAGAACGUACUCAGGAGUCUGCUAUCCGUCUGAAACCUCCGGGAUUCCCUCCGGAGGCCGGAUCAGGGAGAGCUACACUAGCUGGCAUCAUCUGAACCGCAGCCCCUGUAGUCCCUACAUAGACGGGAAUCGAGCCAGUAACUCAAGAUCUCUGACGCAGUUUGACUCCACAACCAGCUUGAACGACAAGAAACUGAAGGACGUUGGCCCAGAGUUUACUAGAGUGUUGGAUGAGCCAACGGCUGUUCUGGAGCUACCGGCAUCCAUUCUGUCGAAGAAAGGAAAAAGUCUGAGUACCCUCAGAGAGCUCAGUGUGGUGAUGCCAAACGGACAGACCAUCAUGGUCAAGUGUGAAAUGAAAUCCAGAGGAGGGGAUGUCUUUGACAUGAUUGUGGCUCACUCAAACCUGGUGGAACAUUUCUACUUUGGCCUUGCUUACAUUGACGAUAAUGAGUUUUUCUUUGUAGAAAACGAUACUAAGAUUUGCAAAGUUGCUCCAGACGGCUGGAAAAAAGUGCCAACAACCACCUUCGUCCUUUUCUUCAGGAUCAAGUUCUUUGUCAAUGACAUCUCUCUUCUUUUGCACAAACAAACCCGUCACCAGUAUUACCUUCAGUUUAGAAGAGACCUUCUGGAAGACAGACUGUCCUGCCACGAGGAGACGGCUCUGUACCUGGGGGGUCUAGCUCUACAGACAGAGUAUGGAGACUGCAUGCCUGAGGCGGUUGGUAGAAACUACUUCCGGCCUGAUCAGUAUGUCUCCAAGAGCGUGAUGGAGAAACGUGCCUUACCCUACGUUCAGGCGGAGCUAAUGCGACAUCACGCCAACAACGCUCAGAUGCUCGCAGACGAAUCGGAGCUCGAGUUCCUGAAGGUGUGCCAGCAGUUACCGGAGUACGGGGUCUUCUUCCACCGAGUGAUGCGCGACAAAAAGCCUUCAGACAGUGAGAUCAUCCUCGGCGUUUGUGCCAAAGGCGUCAUCGUCUACGAGGUCAAAGAUGGCUGCAGGUUCACAGCUCAGAAUUUCUUCUGGAGGGAGACGACAACCAUCUCCUCUAAUAAGCGUAAGUUUGUCAUCGAGUGCCGAGGCAGCAAGAAGAAGUACACCUUCGUCACGGACAGGUCAAAGAUCGCCCAGUACCUUUGCAAUCUCUGUUCAUGUCAGCACAAGUUCAACAACGAAAUGAACUCUCGCCAGCUGAGCCACAGUCUUGUCUCAGAGGACAACAUCGUGCAGUACGCGGCGGCGUGCCGGGCUCAGAGCAGCCAGCUCAAGUCCAUUUCCUGUUCAGAGACGCCGCAGGAUACCAGCGGUCAGACCACGCCCCGGGAAGAGUCUUUGACCAAGCUGUGCGAUGACAUCACGGCCAGGAUCGAAGCGCGUGUGAAGCAGCACAGUCAGCGCAGCAGCGUGCUUUCACCUGCCUGUUCCCAGAGGAGCGGAUCAGAACCUCAGUCUGGAUCGCCUGCAGCCAGAGAAACUCCCACCCAACUGUGCAAUGCCUCAGAGAGAGAGGUCAUCUGUGUUACCUUAAAGAAAGAUCCAAAGCUGGGCCUGGGAAUAGUAAUAGUUGGCGAGGACACAGUGGGGCGCUACGACCUGGGCAUCUUCAUUGCCUCCAUUGUACCGGGCGGACCUGCGGAUAAGGAUGGGCGCAUUAAAGCAGGCGGUCGCCUCAUCUCACUGGACCACGUCAGCCUGGAGGGCGCCACCUUCAACGAGGCGGCAGAGGUCAUGCAGAACAGCCCUGAGGAGGUGCAGCUCAUCAUCUCGCAGCCUAAAGUACCAGUCGGUCCCAACUGCACGCGCUCUCCGGUGACGGGAAAAUGCGACUCUCAAUCCCUGACGGACGGACGCUCAGCAAACGACAGUUUGGAGGAGUUUGUGUCGGCCAUGAUGACGCCAAAGACCGGCCACAGGCUGCACGUUCCUCAAGAGGCCCGAGUCCAGAGCUCACUGGACAGCUGCUCCCUGUCUGCAUCUCUGAACUCCAUGAGGCCGGAGGAGAUCGCCGUGCAGCUCAAGAAGAUAUCAGGCAAUCUGGGCAUCAGCAUCUCUGGUGGGGUCAACCCCUCCCUUCCUCAUGGAGGAAUCUACAUCAAGAGUCUGGUUCCAGGAGGCGCCGCUGAGAGGGACGGACGCUUACAUCCAGGUGACAGACUUCUGGAUGUGGACGGCGUCAACUUCAGCGGAUUCACCUACCAGCAAGCGGUGGAGAGUUUGAGUCGAACAGACGAGAAUGUCUGCAUGGUUGUGGAGCGAGAGUCGGCCAACCUGCCCAGAGUCUCUGUGAGCGCCGAGUCCAGCAGCAUCAUGUCCAACCAGAGCCUGAGUCCAGCUCGCCAGCAUCCCCGCCUCAACAGCAGCUCCACCAUCAGCAACUCGCCGAGCUCCACAAGUGAGCGCGCCAAAGACUACAGCUUUGUCACCGAUGAAAACACCCAGGAGGUGACCCUGACCAAGAGCGCCAACAGCCUGGGGUUCAGCUUCCUCAUGUGCGAGCUGGACCCCCCCACCCGGGACUUCAGCAGCAUGGUCCGGAUCAAGCAGCUGUUUCCCGGCCAGCCAGCGGAGCGGAGCGGCCGGAUCCAGGAGGGGGACGUCCUGUUGGCCGUCAACGGCCAGCCCCUGAAGGGGCUCUCCUACCCGAAGGUCCUAAAGCUUUUUAAGACCUCCCCGCCUGAAGUUCAGCUGAAGCUCUGCCGACCCCCACCAGGGAUCCUCCCCUCCGUGGAUCAGUUCAGCGGACAGGAUUGACGUCUGCAAACAGCAGAGGAACGCAGAGAACCGGCAGCGGGAUUUCUGCUGGAGCUGGAAGCAGCGGCAGAAUCCCGGUGGGGGCAGUUGGACUCGGCAGGAAGCUCAGCGAAGAUCAGGAAGUGGAACGGGUUUAGAAAAAAGGACAAUUUUGUUGACCAAUAAGAGGAGAGAACAGAGACGCAGGAGGCCGAAUGUGACGUUGAUGAGCAAACAAUCAUUACAG